CUCACCAGAGAAGCGUACGCUGUGCCCACCAAGCUCUUAUUCACGGCAGUGUUUAUUAAAUAUUAAAUAAUUAAAUAUAAACAAAAGCCAUUCAUGGAGUCUCCCGAAGAGAGACAAGAACCAGAGGCUGAGUUCCAGCGCGUAAAGUUACGUCCAGUGCCGAAAGUGAAAAGACGCGCGCCCCAACCUCCCACCACUUUGGCACUUAAAAAAACUUCAUCGACAACCAAGACCACCACUCUCACUACGCCUGCCAAAUUGUACGGCAAGGAUUUGAGCGAGUAUGAUGAGGUUGAUGUUGAUGCUCUGCUGGCACAAUUGUCACCGGAAGAAAUCAAUAUUUUGGCCAAAGAAGUCGAUCCCGAUGACAAUUUCCUGCCACCUGAUCAACGUUGCAGUUAUGAAUGCGCCAAAGAUCCCACUGGUCCGUUAAAUCGCAAAAAGCUUAUCGAGCAUAUUAAUAAGCAGGCCUUAGAAACACCCGAUGAGCCCGAAUUUGAGCCGUACGUUAAGGGUACCGUACGUGGCAAGAAAUGGGUGCCACCACCAAGAGAUGAAAGCGAAGUUGCCGCUGAGGAACAGAUCGCCAUCGAUUUGGGUGAAGAGUAUGAGCAUGCGCUGAGUGACGCUACACAAGAAGAGAUUAUCGAUCUGGCUGCUAUACUUGGCUUCCACUCGAUGAUGAAUCAGGACCAAUAUCAUGCUUCUUUGUUGAACAAAGGUCAACCAGUUGGCAUGGGAUGGGAUGGUAUUACAAAAUCAACUCAACCAAAAUUGUUCCCCAUGGACCCACCAAAUAACACAGAUGUCGAAGAAUCAAUUAAACGCGUAAAAGAUAACGAUUCAAAAUUGAUUGAACUGAACUUAAAUAACAUUAAGAACAUUUCCGAUGAGAAAUUGGAACAACUUUUCCAAGUACUGCCUGAAAAUGAAAAUUUGGAAGUUCUUUCCUUAACAAAUGUCGGCCUUACCGACAAGACAGCUCUCUUAUUGGCUGAAGCAAUUGAGAAAAGCAAAACCUUGAGAGUAUUAAAUGUUGAGACGAAUUUCAUUAGUCCGCCUGUUAUAGUGACCUUAGUGAAAGCCCUGCUCAAGUGCCGCACAAUUGAAGAAUUCAGGGCCUCCAAUCAACGAUCCUCAGUGCUCGGUAACAAGAUCGAAAUGGAAAUAACCGAAUUAGUGGAAAAGAAUCCAUCUUUGCUCAGAUUGGGUCUGCAUUUGGAGUUCAAUGACGCACGCCACAGAGUUGCCGCACAUUUGCAGCGCAACAUCGACAGAAGUGGCCGCUUACGACGUUUGGGUCACUUCAGCCGCAACUACACUGUGGGCGCUUGGCAGUAGAAGGCAUGCAGCGCACAGCCGCAUCAAAUCAAAGUGGAAUCGGAGCGCAGCAAGCCGAGGCGUUUAUUUAAACACACAUACCUAAUCGUACGACUUCAAAAAGCAAAUAACUAACAUCAAUUAUAAUCCUAGACUACGUGAAUGCUAAAGUUACAUAUGCAGUUACAGCAUUUAUAAUUCACGUGUAUUAAAGUUUGUAAACAAAACUCAGGCACCAAUGCAUGGGCACUAACACCAUAGCAGAGCUCGAAGCAAAAUGCACACACACGCUUUAUUAUUCUUAAUGAAAAUGCUUAAAAAAAUGCAUACGGGUAUUACGUAACAGCCGAUCUGCAAUAAAAUAUAAAUAUUUGUUUGUUUUCUUAGCUUACCUACACACAUAUUUGCGUAUAUACAUACAUAUCGUCACCUGAAAUGCAAAAUAACGUAUCAUCAAAAAAUUCGAAAUUGAGUGUCUUAUUGAUUACGCUUCACUACUUCAAAUUAUAUACAUAAUAUUAAAUAUGUUCAACAUUUUCUGGUUCUGCGGUCAUAUAUAAACCAGUUUUAACCAAUAUUAAUAUUUUGUUUCACUCAUGUUCCAUUUUAUUCCGUGUUUCAUUCAUGCCACUGUAAAUUUCUGAAAAUGUUGUUACGUUAAUUUGCAUUUCAGGUGACGAUAUGCGCAAUUCAAAUGCUAUUUUAUACUUAAAUUUAUCGAAUUAUGUUUUAAAAACGCGCAUAAUAUGUGCGCACAUGCGCAGAAUUAGUUUUAUUUAUGUUAUUAGUUUAUUGUUGAGGUUAUUUCAUUUGUAACACACACAAAAUGGUGUCUAAUUGUAAUUAUGUUUAUAAAUUGUAAGCGCUCCGUUGCGUUUUUGUUCCUUUGAACGCAAAAUAUUUGUAAAAAAUCAUGUAAUUUCCAUAGUGAAACUUUUGGAACACACUCACACACACAUACACCUUCACAUAUGAUUGUAUGUUUAACAAAUGCUGCCAGUAAAUGUACUAAAUGCAUGGUUAGUUUAUAAAAAUAUAUACACCUACUAUAUAUUAUACAGUCAAGUGCAAAUGCGUUCGAUUCGUUUUGAAGCCACACAGAAAGGGAAAAGUAGCCAGAAGCUUAAGUCAACCUAUCAUCUCUACAACCUAUCACGCACUUGCGGCCACUAAGCUGUCAUAUUGAUUGCACCUUAUCAGUGCAAUUUCGAGUGUGUACAUUUAGCUUGUGGACAUGUAUUUGUGAGAUGAUGUCAUUAGUUAAUAAAUCAAGAAAACUAAAAACGUGAAAGACAGCUAGAAUAAUUAUAUAAAAACUUCAAGAGUAAGACAUUUCAGUGAGCUUACAGUGCUAAGUGGCUAUUAGUCCACCAAAACGGCAACUCAUGGCGCCCAUUAAAGUCCACUUAAGUCUUAUUUGCAUUCUCGCGCGGUUUUCCUCGCAAAUGUAAAGAAGUAUUGUGGUGUGAAAAGCAAAAUUCAAUUGUUUAGUAUCAAGCAUACGUCAACUUUCUUGAAGCACUUGAUAGGCCAUUUUUUUGCGACAUGUUUUUUGCACAAUCGCCCUACUUUUGAGGUGUAAAGAAAUUCUUUAACAUUUAUUAAACUUCUUCAAUAAGAGAAAAAGUGAAGGCGAAAAAGAGGUUUCAAUAAAUUGAGUAGCUUUUAAAGUCGCCGCUAAAACUAAAUAAAUUUAAUAUCAACAAAUUACAAUUACUUUGGCUCAAACCUAAAAAAGGUUGGUGUAUGGCGCGACGGUAAAUUCAUUGAAUUCUCAGCUCCACACAAGAACACUGAAUUGCAUGUAAAAAAAAAAGAAAACUCAUUAGUGUGUUGUGUGCUCACGUAUUUUACUGCACUGCGAAGACUUACCACACAAAUCCGUAAACACUCACCCACCCAAAUACACAAACAACAACUGCACACGCAUCAGAUGCACUUAGUACACACACAUAUAAAAACCCAUACAUACACAAAGCUAAUAGUGCUUGCACUUGCAAUUAUUCUGUUCAUUCAUAACUCUUACCAGUUGAAAUGCAUACAUACAUACAUAAGAAAUAUAUACAUACUCACAUAUAUAUUUUGCUUAUCAAUGAAAGUAGCUUUUGUAUGGCAAGCGUUAAGAAAUUGAAAAUGAAAAUGAAGAAAGAUCAUGCUAUUUUAUAAUUAUAAUUAAACAAUUUUAAUAAUCAAGCUAUUUAAAUUGCAACUGAUUGAAUUAUGAUUGAAUAUAUGAUUUUACUAUUUAAUGCAAAUUUGUAAAGUGUAAUAAUAAAAAUUUAUAUAAACAUACAUAUAUAUAUUUAAUGAUGAAAGCUUAUAAAUUAAUGAAAAUUGUAAAAUAAAAAUGAAAUAAAAAAUAAAAAAACGCUUAAAAAUGUAAAGAAA